AUGAGUAAACCAAACGUGGCGGACACGGAAAGUGGCGAAAAGCCAAGGGUCUCAAAAGGCAAUAACACGAACAAAUUGCCAAAAACAGAAAAGGCAGAGGUGUCGUCCACGACAUCAGCAGCAACUUCAGGUGGAACUGUGUACUUUUGGGGAUUACUUCCAUUCCCCACCAGGAUGUUGAACUAUGUUCACUUCUCCAUUUUCAUGGCCCUUACUUUAUUAAGCAUAUGGAAGGCGUACAGCAUCCGACUAAUUUCCGUCCAAAUCUAUGGUAAAGUCAUUCAUGAAUUCGACCCAUGGUUUAACUACCGCGCUACAGAGUACCUCAACGAGCACGGCUGGCGUGCCUUCUUUGAGUGGUAUGACUAUAUGAGUUGGUACCCACUCGGACGUCCCGUCGGUACCACUAUCUAUCCUGGUUUGCAGAUCACUAGUGUGGUCAUUCACUAUGUAUUAAACGCUAUUGGUAUACCUAUGUCGUUGAAUGAUGUUUGUGUUUAUGUGCCAGCAUGGUUUGGCUCGGUGGCAACAGCCAUUGUCGCACUUCUCUCGUAUGAAACCUCGGGUUCACUUGCGGCAACCGGUCUGGCGGCCGCUCUGUUUGCUAUUUCCCCUGCCCAUCUGAUGCGAUCCAUGGCUGGCGAAUACGAUAAUGAGUGUAUUGCCCUGGCAGCCAUGGUGUUGACAUUUUACAUGUGGGUUCGCUCACUUCGUACUGAGAAAUCAUGGCCUAUUGGGGUGCUCACAGGACUCGCAUACGGCUAUAUGGUUUCUACCUGGGGUGGUUACAUCUUUGUGCUCAACAUGGUAGCGCUUCAUGCUGCAGUGUGCGUAUUAGUGGACUGGAUGCGUGGUGUGUAUGACACCAAUUUGCUCAAGGCGUACUCUCUCUUCUUCGUUGUGGGAACAGCUAUUGCAACGCGUGUUCCACCGGUGGGAUGGACGCCAUUCCGGUCCCUAGAGCAGCUGAUGGCACUACUGGUGUUUGUCUUUAUGUGGGCACUACACUUCUCUGAGAUUGUGCGGCUCCGCGCUGGUGUUUCCAUCCGCUCUGCCAAAUCUCUGCAGAUUCGUGCACGGGCAUUCAUGGUAACACUUGGUGCUCUUGUACUCAUCGCUUUACUCCUGGCACCGCAGGGAUACUUUGGUCCUCUAUCCUCACGUGUUCGUGCACUCUUUGUGCAGCACACACGUACAGGUAAUCCUCUCGUUGAUUCUGUUGCAGAGCAUCGGCCGACGAGUGCAGAUUCUUACUGGAAUUUUCUCCAUAUUUGUUAUCCAUUGUGGUUUUUGGGUAUUAUUCUGAUAGUUGUAUUUCCAGAGAGCCCAAUGCGACGUGCCUCUUCGUUCUUUGUGUGCUAUUCUUUUACAGCGUUAUAUUUCAGUGGCAGAAUGUCGCGUCUGCUGCUUUUGGCAGGACCUGUGGCAACGGUAUGUGCUGCUGUGCCUAUUGGUUUUAUGCUGAACUUUGCAUUGCGACAGCUGUUCUGGGAAGGGGGAGAAUCAACGGCAACGGCAACGGCAACAACUGACUCUGCUCGUACCCGAGGUUCAAAGACAUCCAAGAAAAGUAAAAGGGGACAGAGUGAUGAGAACGUGGAGUCCAUUGUGCAGGUGGAAAUUGAACGUCGUCUCAAUGCCAUGCCUCGUACCAUUCGUAUCAGCUUGAGUGUACUUAUUUUUGUCACACUCUUGUUUAAUCCAGCAAUCAGUUCCUAUUCGACGGUGGCUGAGCGCAUGGCCUACGGAAUGUCAAACCCACGAAUUAUGUUUUAUGCAAAGUCCUCGCGGGGCGAAACUGUCUUGAUAGAUGAUUAUUAUGCUUCCUACAUGUGGCUACGAAAUAACACACCGGCGGAUGCCCGUGUGCUUGCCUGGUGGGACUACGGCUAUCAGAUCACGGGUAUCGGUAACCGCACCAGUCUCGCCGAUGGCAACACAUGGAACCAUGAGCAUAUUGCCACAAUUGGAAAGUUGCUUACCUCCCCAGUGAAGGAGUCACACACUCUCAUCCGACACCUUGCUGAUUAUGUUCUUAUCUGGGCUGGGCAGCGCGGAGACGAUCUGAUGAAGUCCCCACACAUGGCACGCAUUGGAAACAGUGUGUAUCGUGAUAUCUGUCCUGUGGAUGACCCUCUGUGUUCUAAUUUCGGUUUCUAUGACAGUGAUUUUAACCGUCCGACACCAAUGAUGCAAAAAUCACUGCUCUACAAUCUGCACGGGCAUGGGAGUGUGCCUGGUGUAUAUGUUGAUGAAAAAUUAUUCCAACUUGUUCACGUUUCACGCUACGGUCUUGUAAAGAUCUACAAAGUGAUGAACGUGAGCCAGGAGAGUAAGGAGUGGGUGGCGAAUCCAAAGAACCGCAAGUGCAGUCCACCGGGUUCCUGGCUUUGUGCUGGACAGUACCCACCUGCGAAGGAAAUCCAGGACCUGCUGGCGAAACGCAUUGACUACGCCCAGCUGGAGGAUUUCAACCGUGGUAAGAGAGACGAUGAAUACUACCGUGCCUAUAUGAAGCGUAUCCGUGAAGAGGCGGACUAG